AGCUGGUCGUCGUCGUCCUCCUUCCUCCCCAAGGAACUCAGAAAACUUCCAUCAUCUCUGGAUGUUGUGAUGGAGAACUACGAGCUGGUGACCUCCCUUGGCUAUCCUGUUCUCAAACCAGAUCUUCUGUCUCGGAUCGAGCGGGUUGGAGAGCCGUGCGUGGGCGACCAGCUGGAUUCCACUCGCGGGAUUCCCACCAAUCCAUGUCCAGGUUACCGUUUCUUCAAACCCGAGAGCCUGUCUUGGAUUGAACGGUGGGAGGAACUCGGGGUCACCGACCGUCAGAAGUUGGAGGAAGGCAAACUCUGCACUGGUGCCUGCCAAGCUGCCGGACGUAGCAAAGCCAUCAAGGAAGAAGAGGGCGGCCAGAAGAGGGCCAGUUUCGUGGCCAGCUUGGAACGCUACCAGCUCUUCCCCGAAAGUUCUCGGGCGGGUCUCUUCCUGGCCCCCAACCCUGGGCAGCUGAGACCCCAGCCCCAGGUCAAGAAGGAGGAAGCGGCCUCCUGCAAGCCCAGCCUGAGUGGCCCAGGACGCCCCUCCCAAGGCCUGGGCUCGGGCCCCUUCACGUGCGUGGUGUGCGGCAAGUGCUUCCGGCAGAAGCAAGGGCUGAUCACCCACGGGCGCAUCCACACCGGCGAGAAGCCCUACCCAUGCCUGGAGUGCGGCAAGCGCUUCCGCCAACGCCCCAACCUGCUGACCCACCAGCGGGUCCACACCGGCGAGCGGCCCUUUCCCUGCCUGCGCUGCGGCAAGCGCUUCAGCCAGAAGGCCAACCUGGCGGCACACCAGCGCACCCACGCCGUGCAGGAGGGGCUGAUUGCCCCUGAGCCCAAGGUGCUGUUGCCACGGGGCAGCCGCUCGACGGAGAAGCCCUUUCCCUGCAGUGUCUGUGGGAAGAGCUUCAGCCAGCGGCCCAACCUCAUCACUCACCAGCGCAUCCACACCGGCGAGAAGCCCUUCUCCUGCACCGAGUGCGGGAAGUGCUUCAACCAGCGGGCCAACCUCAUCACCCACCGGCGCAUCCACUCGGGGGAGCGGCCCUUCCCCUGUGCCACCUGUGGGCGGCGCUUCAGCCAGAAGGGCAACCUGGCGGCCCACCAGCGCACGCACUCGCAGCAGCGGCCCCACGCCUGCUCCUGCUGCCCCAAGCGCUUCAAGGGGGAGUCAGCGCUGCGGGCGCACCAGCGUACCCAUCGGCAGGUGCUGGGGGUUGAUCCACUGACUAGCACCCUCCUGGCUGCGCCGACGCUACAGCAAGCCCUCCCGGGGGACCCCGCUUUGGUGGCGCAGCGAGCCACGCCGGCCCUUCGUCCGGAUCUUCCCGGAGAUCCUUCCCCCAGCGUCCACCGCCCGGCCCCGUCUGCCCAACAUGGGGCCCCUCAUGGGCAGAAUCUUCCUGUGGACCCGCCUCCCCCUGGCCAACACGUGGCCGGCCCCUCAGGGCACCUCCAAGGGGUGGCCCCCGGCCUGGAGCAAGGCCCGAAACUGAGCACCCCUCCCGCCCUCCUGGAUCCCCAUGUGGAGAUGCUCCAUUGCCAACACCGGCUGGGCCUGCCGCAGCUGCCCAGCUCCAGCGCCCACUCAGUCGUGCCCCUGGGGCAACCCCCGCUCGUCACCGCUAAGCCCAAGGGUUUGUCGGCUGCCCCUCGGCCCACCGCCCCCAUGGAAGCCCCAAGUGAGAUGCUUCACUGCCUCUGCCAUGCCGGUCGGGCCUCCUUGGUCAUUCCGCACCCGCCUCAUCUGAGGCAACUUCAGCCCGGUGCCCGUGACACCCCCAGCCGUGCCUGGCUGGGCCUCCCCUGCCCGACACGCACCCUUCAACUCCAGCAGGGUGGGCAGGCGCACCCAACUGCCCCUAAUCCCAGACUAUGUUCGAUUCCCGAUUCUUUGCGGUAACUUCCCCUGCAUGGGGCAAGCACUGAUCGGCCGGGACUGGAUUCCCCAUGGAUCUCCUUCCCCACCCCCCUGGCAGCGCCCUCUGGUGCCGACCUGUGGGGUUUAUGCAUGUAUCCUGGACCUGGAAGCCCCCAUCUGCCACCCCUCCUGCUCUACGGAAGCACACAGACUCUCUUUGGAUUUAACCCACCUGUCUCAAGAAGCAAUCCAUCCUUCCAACAAGGGCACUCUUUCUUCCCCACCCUUCAAAAAAGUGUCAACAUGGCAGGAGGACCAAAGACGUGCCCACCCCUUGUCUUACCACCAAGCCCCCCCUUCCCCCAAAUCUCCCUGGACGCCCCUCAUGUACUCCCAAACGACGGAAGGAAAGACUCAGAACUUGGCAGCAGUUCAAACGUUGAAGAUGGAAGAGCACCCCCCCUUUUUUUUGGAAACUUGACUGAGGGCGGCACCCUUCAAUAAACCCCAGUUGGGGGGGGGCAGUGCCUCAUACACGGCUCUCACAGCAUCCCCGCACAAUGCGCUGGCCCUCAGGGCUUUACAUUCCCCACCUCGUGUUUUCCUACGAAAGGAAAAAAAAUGGAAAUAACUCAUUCCAGAAAUGUACCGUUGGCAUCGUGCCACCACGGCGACGCGAACCAGGUGGCCGAACUCUUUGCCGGCCAGGGGAGGUCCGGCUUCGCGCCAAACUGAGCAGGUCGGUCGGCUCCUCGUAUAGGUCCAUUGCAGUGAUGCAGAACUUUUCGGGGACCAGGGAGGGAUUUGUAUUGGAAGACAUUGGGGAGGGGACCCUGCCUGGCAUUCAGCUCUGAGAAGUAUAAUCAGCCCCCAGGUCAGAAAAGCCACAUUUAUUCCUCUCCCACUCCACACAAAGGAGCCCCCCGCUUUUCCCAACAGCUGUGACGCUUUCAGGGGACGGACACCAAAGAGGUUGGAUUGCGGUGGGGCUGGGAGACGGGUGGGGUGGGGUCCUUGCAGAAGGAGAGGGGAGGCCCCAGAAUGAACAAGAAGCACUUUAGAACAACCCGAUGGCCUGUCGGCCCCUGGAUUUGGCCCCCCUCCCCUCCUGCAUGGGACCAAGCCCUGACAGAGCUGCUGGAAGGGAGAAAACUGAAUUUGUGAGGUGGGGGUAGGGGUGGGGUCUGUGCCUUAAGCUGAAAAGCCUUCCCAGAGCAAAGACGGUCAAACGUUCCACGGCAAGCACGUUGAGGGUCCGGGCUUAGGACGGGGAGGAAGGAGGAAUGGUGAUGGCCUCCCCUCCUCCCGCUGAAGUCUGCAAAGGAUGAGAAGCAGGGGCGGUAGGAUGACUCGGCCCCCCCUCCCCUAUCCCAGCUCCUCUGGGCAUCCGACGCCCAUUGAGCUAGGCUGAUUUCGGGGGCCCAGAGGUGGCACGAAUUGUAUCUGGGCAACGGGGCAGAGGUCUCGACACCGAUGGGUGUG